AUGACAGAGCAGUUCAUCAACUUGACACCCAGUGGCACCGAUAUAAAGCCCCAACUUUAUGCGAGUGAGCCACUCGAUGGCAUGUCAGCGGUUGAAGAACUGAUUUUCCGAGAGAAGGUGGACGUCCUAUACGACCCUAAGGUAUGCGCACGUCGCCACCGGAUUGAAUGGCCCACCAGCGAUUCCCUAAUCCGUGAUACCAUCUGCCAGGAUAGCCAGUUAGUAACAGGUUCUGCAAAGGCUGUCCUUGACAGUGAAAUUUCGAGGUGUGAUCCGCGUAGCGGCUACGUACCUGACAUUGUGGUCUUUGAUCAGCUCUAUGCUUGGUCGCCGGACUGGCGAGGGAUGCUCCGCAACUUGUAUUGGCGUGCCCGACGUCAAUCGGCAAUUUGGGACGUCUUUAAGCUCCUUGUCGCUCGUGGCUUGUUUCAUCCACGUUGA